GCGCUUACUUCAGAUUUUGCAAUCUUCACCCAUUUCUUGCCACAUCAACCUCUAUAUUCGCGCAAUGAUUUGUUCCAUAUGUCGAGCUGGUCUUUGGGGCGCAGUAUCUAAACAAGGCCCGGCAGCUUCGCCACCGUCUUUUGUGAGCCUCCACUCGACAUUCAAGGAUUUCAAACACUCCAUCGACCAAGGAUGCCAUUUCUGCAACAGCUUAUGGGACGGUUUAACGUCCCGCCAACAGGGAUUACUUUUGCAGGAUGUCAAGUUCCACGCACAACCCGAAAUCUCCGCAAAUGUGUACCAGUUCCGCGGUGUGACCCGACCCGGGCAGAGCUGCCUUAAAAUUACUUACAAUUUGUCUGCCACCGGAAUCGAAGGUUUUCAGAAAACGGGUGUCUCUAAAAUAAAUCAGGUUCAAUUCUAUCUUGAACCCACUCCUGGUGACAGCAUCAUGAGCAGCCAAAUCCUUGGCUCAAGUACAGACUCCAAGCAAACACUCUCACAAGCGAGGUCUUGGAUUGAAGACUGCAGUGCUCACCACGACAAUUGCAAAGCGGCCGCGCCAAACAGAGACUGGUAUCCCACCCGCCUCCUGGACUUGGAUCAGCAGGAGUCACCGGAGCAGAAUAUACGAUUGAUUGAAACUAACCAGACGCCCCCCUCGGGUCACUACAUGACGCUCACCCACUGUUGGGGCUCCGUCAAGCAGCUGUCACUUAACCGGGAUACUUACUCUGAGCUGACGGCUGGAUACCAUGUGGCGUCUUUGCCGCAGCUCUAUCGGGAUGCCGUGUAUGUCUGCAAAGCGCUAGAUAUUCGAUACCUCUGGAUUGAUCCCCUCUGCAUCAUUCAGGACCAAUUAGACGCCGAGGACUGGAAACACGAAGCAUCGACCAUGCACGAAGUCUAUUCAAAUGCGUUUUGCAACAUCUCGGCAACGGUCGCCAAAGACUGCUCGGAAUCCAUCUUCAAUUCCAGAGAUCCCGACACCCUCGUCCCUAGGACUAUCGAACUCCCCAUCUCUGAUGAAGAGGACGAGAGCCUCAAAAUUCAGUCGUUCAUCAUUUACGAUCCCCAGCUUUGGACGUCGCAAGUGUCCAAGGAGUUGGUCAACACCAGGGGAUGGGUGCUCCAGGAGCGAUUCCUAUCUCCUCGCAUCCUCCACUUUGGACAGCAGCAGGUCUUCUGGGAAUGCUUUGAGAAGGAUGCCGCCGAGGCACAUCCAAGUGUUCUUCCCGACAGUCUGACCAAAUUGUUAGGCGCUCGGUUCAAGAUCCUCAAUCCAAAAGCGGCGCUGCCUGAUAGCUCAAUGAACUAUACCGCCUUUGAUUACAAUUCAAUAUUAUCCCUGGUCUGGUCCCGCAUUGUGGACCUGUACUCGGAAUGCAAGCUGACAUAUCCCGGCGACAAACUCAUUGCGAUAUCAGGCCUCGCAAAGCGAAUAUCCACGGUUCUUCAAGACGAGUACGUCGCCGGGAUGUGGCGCCGCAACCUCGAAAACGAACUGCUCUGGGCUGUUACCUCUUGGGCGUCGGUCGACGGCAAACUCAUGUUGGGCUCUGCUAGACUAGGGUCUCCCUUGAUUAAAGUCGAAGAUUGGAACCUCACAUACACAACCCCUGAUACCACGGGCGGCAUAUCCGGCGGAUGGCUUCGUCUCGCUGGGGUCCUGAUGGGGAUGAAGCUCAACCGAAACCCUCCCUCCACACAAGUUGGAAACGAGUGGAAUAUGACCUUGGAGAGUGUGGAAAUUACUAUCCAGCAUGAUAAGGUCAAACAGCUUGAGCCACAUGUUAUUCUCGACCUCGACGACGACGAGUUUUGCAAGGAAAACAAUGACGGGUGCUUGUUUGCCAUGCCUGCUCGGUCACCAGAGGGUGCCGCCAAUGGCACAGCCAUGUACAUUUUGCUCUUCAAGCUGGUUUGCAAAGACACUGCGACGUACGAGCGGAUCGGUCUCGCGAGGGCGUGGAGUGAGGGCAUGAAGCUGAAGAUACUAGGACUCGACAGGAGCCCAGAGAAGCCGCAGCCGCCUUGUCUGCAGUACCGCGACGGCAGGCAUUCCAUUCGCGUUAUCUGA